AUGCUGUGUCCUGGGGGUACGACUCGUAGAAGACCUGACCUUGGUGCUGUAGGAUACGACAGUCUGGGGCAGAUGCUAUUAGAAGAUCCUAUUGCCACUUGUCUUUCUCCCUCAGUCUAUGAUAUGAUCUGUAAAUUUGGGUUUGAAGUCAGAGAAACUUGUGAUAUCAAUAGCAUUGUAACUCAGAGGGGUGAAGUAUGCUGGAAGACAAUCACAGACUGCGUGAUUUAUACAGAAUCAGCCCAGAGUCUGGAUUACCCAGGAAGUGUGAGGCUGCUGGGCCCUGUGUGUGAGGCCGUCCACUCACAUUUGUUAUCUCUGACCAAGGAGCAGUUUGAAAUCUGUUAUACACCGUGGCUGCAGUGGACAGCUUUUCCAGAGUUAUUUCCUGAAAUACUUGAUGCUUUGGAAAGCCUUCAGUCUCCUGCUAUUUCUCUUAGCUUAAUGAAACUGACAGCGUGUCUAGAACGGGCUUUGGGUGAUGUAUUUUUACUGAAUGGGAAGGAAUGUCCUUUUCUUUUAAGAGAUCUGCUUGCAUCUAAGGAGCUUGCUCAGGUCUUUGGGCAGUCUGCGAUGGACGUACUGAAAGUCUUCCUUGGAUCUCCACGCGGGCUCAAUCUGCGUAACAUCCUGUGGCAUGGGUUUGCGUCCCCUCACGAAGUCCCUCCGAAAUACUGUUCGAUGAUGACGCUGUUGACAGCGGGCUUGGGUCAGCUGCUAAAGAGUUACUUGCGACAAACUAAAUUCGCAUUGGUGCACCGACCUUUCAGAGCUCUUCCAGACCUUGAGGAUUUGGCCGUUUUCCCAGAUAUGACUUCUGAGGUACUUCCAGUGUUAGAAGAAGUGAUGAAGAAAUCCACUUUUAUAUUAAAAAUCAUGUUGCCGUACUGGGAAGAGGCGUUAAUCAGGUUCGAGAAACACAGGUUUGCUGACUGUGCCGUGCUGUUACUGCCGCAGCUGGAGAUGGGACUCAGGAGAGUGUUUGCCGUCGUUAACAAGUGUCCACAGAGACUUCUGACGGCUGAGUCAACAGCUCUUUAUACCACCUUCGAUGAAAUAUUGGCAAAGCACUUGAAUGAUGGUAAACUCAAUCAACUUCCUCUUUUCCUUGGAGAGCCUGCAAUGGAGUUUCUUUGGGAUUUCCUGAACCAUCAGGAGGGUCCUCGUGUAAGAGACCAUCUGAGCCACGGGGAGAUCAACUUCCCCGAAUUUCCAAAAGAAGCGGCGAACCAAUUGCUUGCAUUUUCCACUGUGCUUUUACUCCGAUUCGUCGACGAAGGCCUGUUGUCAGUGCUUAAGGAAAAGGUGGCGAUAAGGUCACUGGUCGGUCUCGCCGAAAACUACCGUGCUCACGUCCACCCCGUGUCUCAGCUGAGAAAACAGGUGCUGAGCUGUGAGAAGAGCCUCGGGGCUUGGCCCCUCCUGUCUUUGCCCACAGAAGCCGAGGAGGCUGCCAGAUUAGAAGGUCAUUAUGAGACCGAUGCCUGCAACUCUUUACUUACAGAAAUCAUGUCUGAGCUGUGUCACCACCUGCCUGAGGAUCACCGUGUCGCUAGGGGCUUGGACAGCCUUCCUGCUGAGAAGUGGCCCCAGGUGAUCCGUGAACUCUGCGGCACCCCCGUGCCAACUCUGUUCUGUCCCAGAACCGUUCUGGAAGUGCUCACUGUCCUCCGAAACAUCACAGCACACUGUGCCCGCGUGUCCAGCCAGGUCGCUGCCUCCGCGGAGCUCAGACAGCAGCAGUGGGUGGAACGGAGGCUGCGCUCCCGGCAGAGACAGACGUAUCUGCACAUGCUGAGUAGUAUUAAGCUUCUGUCUCCUGUGCUUUACCUGAUUUUACUGCUGAUUGCGCUGGAAUUGGUCAACAUUCAUGUGGUUCGUGGAAAAAAUACUUGCGAAUAUCAACAGUAUCUAAAGUUCUUAAAGUCGAUCUUGCAGUACACGGAGAACCUGGUGGUUUACACCAGCCAAGAGAGGAACAAGUGGAAUGAAGCGAUCGUUCUUACGCGUACAGCUCUGUUGAAAAUUUGGACUUUCAGUGAGAAGAAACAGAUGUUAAUACAUUUAGCCAGGAAAUCCACAAGUAAAGGGGUUCUGUGA